AUCCUGCAUUUCAAAUGUAAAAAGUGGAUAGUGGCUCACGUGUCAAAGGAUGGCACGGUCACGAUCUAGAUCCCCCAGGUGGAAAUACAGGUCUUUAUCACCAAUACCUAGAAAUUUUGAAUACUACAAGCAAAGACAUUCUCAUGGGCAUUAUGACUGUGAAUAUAGGAAGGAUUCAAAAAGGUCCAUUGCUUGGAGAACGGACAAUGAGAAACACGGACAGAGUAAAUCAAGGAUUCCCUAUCGUGGAAAUAUACAUUACCGAUCUUAUGAACAUAGAUCACCUUCCCCAAACAUAAGAAACAACUCUUUAGACAAUUUUUAUAUGUAUAAGCCUCACCAAGUAUAUUCACCUGGAAGAGGGGACAGUAACAGAUCUCAGUAUAUGCCCAAAUACUCAGAGGGUUUGCCCUACAAAGAGCAUGAGAGGAAUUGUUAUCCCCAGAAAGUGCAAGGAAGGUAUAUUCCUGAUGACCACAGAGUUAGAGGAAGUGGAAAAGGAGGGAAGCCAUCUCAGAGGUCAAUAGCAGAUUCUUUUAGAUUUGAAGGAAAAUGGCAUGAAGAAGAGUUGAGGCACCAGAGGAUACAAGAAGAAAAAUAUUCCCAGUCACCUAGAAGAGGCUCUGAAGACUUUGAGACAAGGAGCUCUUUUCAGAAGAGGUAUCCUGAGGAUCGUGAUUUCAGAAAAUAUGGACACACAUCAAAAAGACCUAAAGAUGUGGAGAGGUAUGAAAACAGAGAGCCUGCCAGGAACCCAAAGUGGAAGCCCGAGCAUUCUCUUCCACCUUACCAAGAGAAGAAAGAUGCGUGGAACCUCGGACCCCAAACUCAUCGACAUGCUGAGAGGGAGCACCCAGAGACCAGUUCAGCAGCCAAAGUGUCCUAUGACUAUCGCCACAAACGUCAUAAGGCCUCAGAUGGGGACCAGGACUUUUCAGAUGGGAGAAUUCAGAAGUACUCUAAGGAGGAAGAUAGAAAAUACAGUUCUCAAAAAGACCCUGUAAAUAGAGAGUCAGAUUGUUUUAAUGCUGGAAGAGGGAGAGAGACUGAAGAUGGACAAGUCAAAGACCCUUUUAAACCAUCUAAGAAAGACUACAUUGCCUGUACUCACUCAAAUAAAAAUGAUGUUGAUUUGAGGCCUUCUAAUGGCAAACGGAAGGAAAAAAUAAAGAAAGAAGGGGAUUGCAGGAAAGAGCGCAACUCUUCCAGUAAACAGCUUGUCAAAAGUAAAAACUUUUCUGAUGUGAAACCCUCAUCUGUCAAUCUUAGGAAGAAAUCACUUACAGUUAAAGUAGAUGUGAAGAAAGCAGUAGAUACAUUCAGGGUUGCUUCUAACUAUUCCACAGAGAGACAGAUGUCACAUGAUUUGGUUGCUGUUGGCAGGAAAAGUGAGAAUUUUCAUCCAGUGUUUGAACAUCUUGAGUCAACUCAGAAUACUGAAAGCAAACCUACAGAAGAAUUUGCUCAGGAAAUCAUAACAAUAAUCCAUCAAGUUAAAGCAAAUUAUUUUUCAUCACCUGGAGUUACUCUACAUGAGCGGUUCUCAAAAAUGCAAGAUACAUAUGAUGCAGAUGUAAAUGAAAUUAAAUUGAAUUCAGAUCCAGAAAUUCACAGGAGAAUAGAUAUGUCUUUGGCUGAGCUUCAGAGUAAACAAAGUAUGAUAUAUGAAUCAGAACAGACUCUGGUCAAAAUAAUAGAUCCAAAUGACCUACGACAUGACAUUGAAAGAAGGAGAAAAGAACGGUUACAGAAUGAAGAUGAGCACAUUUUUCACAUAGCUAGUGCUGCAGAGAGGAAUGAUCAGCAUUCCAGUUUUUUACAGUUGAAGAAUAUUCAUACUGAUGGAUUCCAAAAACCUGCUCAUUUUAUAAAAUCAAAUUCUAGAAAAUUUAUUCAGAAACCUUACAUGAAUUAUACUAUGCAGAAAAAAGACAUCAUUACUCACAAGCCAUUUGGAGUUGAAGGAAACCAUCAAAACACAAGAGGCUUUAAAAGAUCUUUUAAG